AAACAGUAAACAUUGGCUUAAAGUUGUUCUCAAGAGGCCACAGAUUUCAUCAUCAACCUUUCACCAUUCUUCAAUAGCCACAGCCAGCCAGCCAGCCAUCCAUAUACAUUCUUUCUUGAUAAGAAAUUAAGGCAAAGAGAAGAAGAAGAAAAAGGAGUAGCAGAAAUGAAUCCAAACUUGAAUGCUCUUUUCAUUGGAUUAGCUGGAGCAACCAUAACUUUAUCAGCUUAUUCACAAACUGUCGUUUCUCCAACUCAAUGCAUCGGUGUUGGCCUCUUUGUUCUCAUGUUUGGAUUGCUUGUUCGAGAAGGUCUCAUUUCUCUUUAGGGUUUUUUAUCAUCUUGUAACUUUAUGCAGCUUCAGAUGUUUUAAGUUUUCUUUGUAUUAACUCUUUCUGGGUUUGGUUUGGUCUGAUUUUAUCUAUGAAGUUCACUUUCUGAUAAAUAAUCAUGGCUGGAUCAUUACUUAA